AUGGAAGAAUUUGAUAGAGUGAGUAAUCGUGUUACACUGGUCGGCGGAAUGGGUGCAAUUGCCGGAGUUGCGAUCGGCAUGUACAAAGGCCACCCCCUUCCACGGACUUCCGGUUUAACGGUUGUAUCAUGUGCACUUGCGGGCACCGCUUGUUUUGGUGCCGAACGAUUCGUAUCGUUAGCCGGAAAUCGUUUACUAGGCCUCGACCGAACGCUAGGCCACUGGGAACGGACUUUCUUUUCGCAUGUAGUGGGCGGGUCCAUCGGGGGAGCUUUGCUUGGAGCGCUGUACAUGAGACGACCAAUACGCGGGGUAGUAUUCUUUACUCCAGUGAUGAUGGUAGUGGCUCUUGGAGAAGUGCUCUUUGAAGACCUGAAGAACGACAAAUUAGAGAGUGCAAUGAGAAACGAGUCUGGUCUCCCGUAA